AGUGGAGUUUGAAAGUACAAGUACUUAAGUACAGUACUUGAGUAAAUGUACUUCGUCACGUUCCACCACUAGAUAGAGAGUUGGGAAAUACAACAGAACAGAAAACAAAUACAUUUUGCACAGAUAAUGUGCUCUAAAUAGAUAAACAUCUGAAUAUUUGCAAUAAUAUUUUUUUUUUUGAAGGUUGGGUUCAAAUAUAUUUCAUUACCAGAUGAAUUCAGGUACAUGGUAAACAUAUUAUAUUAUUGGCUGCCAAACAUGUAGAUGUUAGUAUAAGGGGUAUAAAUGACAAUAGAAAGCAAUUUAAUGAAGGAAAUGAAGCAGAUUAGACCAUUUCUAAUGACCUUCAAUGCAAACUAAGCCAGGUAUGAUGAGAGGGACCUGGCUGCAGCAACAUGGCCGAUGUCAACCACAGUGGUCAUCCAUAAACAGGAAAUUAAGUUACGACAACAGGCGGAAGUGAUUCUUCUUCACAGUUUUUGUUAGACAUGUAUGUGUAGGAGGAGCAUGAAGAAGGAGACGCCGCCAGUGUCUGCAGCAACUUUAACACGACGGCACCAUGAUAGUGAACACAUGUUGGAGUGUCUGCUUUCUUCUUGGCUGCAAUGAGACUGGCUCUGCAGAUUCAGUGCUACCAGUGUGAGGAGAUGACACACGACUGCUCCAUGCCAGAGUUCAUCGUCAACUGCACCGUGAACGUGCAGGACAUGUGCCAGAAGGAGGUUCUGGUGAAGGAGGACGGGAUACACUACCGCAAAUCCUGCGCCUCAUCAGGAGCUUGUCUCAUAGCUUCUUCUGGCUACCAGCAGUUCUGCACCGGCAAGCUCAACUCAGUGUGCAUCACCUGCUGUAACACGCCGCUGUGUAAUGGACCACGCCAGAAGAAACGACCCCAACCGUCCGCCGCCAUUACCCUGACCAAACCGCAGCUCCCUGUGUUUUCCCUUUUCAUUCUCCUCCUGCUGUCUUGCAGUCUGUGCUGACAGACCUUCACACACUGAGAUGAAAAUGUUGCACCUCUAACGGUAGAGAAGACCCGAACUGGAACUGUAUUAACUGAGACAGAUGAAGAAUGCAUACUUUGAAAUGUGAGGACGCUUUGUAUAGUAUUUGUUCUCUUCAAGCUUGUUUUCCAAAUGUCAAAAAAAAGCAACAAAAACAACACUGCACUGGCAGGUUUGAUCAUCUCAUGCUGGAGCUGUGUGAGGUGAGGCGAGGUGGAGGACGCUGCUGUGGAUGAAACUUCUAUAUUUUGUUGAGAAGCAGUCAACUCGUUCUCGUUUGUCUUUAUUUAUUAUACUGUAAGAUGAAAUAAGACAUACUGCAGGGAAGAAGAAUUCAUCAUUCAUUCUCUGAGCCUUAGAAAAAAUAUCUCCAGAAUAAACAACUCCGUGAUUUAUUCUGUAUAAAUACAAUUAUGUGGAACAAUCAACAGUUGUAUGAGUAUUUAUGAACUGAAAAAGAUGUAUGAUAAUGAUAAUGUGUUAUAUGUGAGACUGGUUAAAGAAAACUGCAGUCUGGAUAAAUACUACCAGAUAAAGAAAAACAUACCAGAGAUUAUAUUAAAGCCACCUACAGCUAUAUUAUAUUAUAUUAUAUUAUAUACCACCUAACAGGUAUAAUAACAUCAUGUUUGCAGCUUUUCUUCCACUAGUUCUGUAACAGCUUUUGCAGUCUGUUCAAAAAUGCUGUAGAUAAAGCUUGUUAAUACACGCAACCUCUUUGAAACUACUUAGCACAUCUUCUUUACACCCUCUAAUAACUGAAAUCAAUACAGUUUGCAUUGAGGUGGAGGGACAGUAGUGCAGUAAAUGUGAUAGUAUGAGGAAUUUUUGGGAAUUUUGCACUGUGGCCACUUUGGACUUUAUGACCCUGAAAGAAGUUCUAACGUUAUCCUUUUAGAUAUACUUGUUACCUGUGAUUAGGGAACCAGGUGUGUUUUGUGCAGUGAUUUGGAUGUACAGAGAUUAUUUCAGGGCCAAACAUAUGAGGUGAUGUGAUGUGCUAAAAAGUUGUAUGUAAUCAAAAAAAAAAAAAAACGGUCUGCUUUGCUGAUUUGAGCAGUUAAUGUUGAUAAGUGAUUUGAUCUUAAAGGUACUCUGUGGAGUUUUCUUGUAAAGAAACACGGUUUUGUUUACAUUUGGUGUUCACAAAAAGACAUUUAGCGUGUACUUGAUGCUUUUCUUUCCUCAUAAAAGAUUCGCGAAGCCAGUUUUUUAAAUAUUUCGAGACAUGCUUUGCUUACGUCCAUGUUUACAUUAGCUUACUUGCCCGUCUUUGCUGAUGCAUUGCUGCGUUUAAUGCUUCACCGCCACGACUGUCAGUGCUAUGAUGUCACAUAGUUUACAUACAGACAACUGAAUACUGUGAUCAAAGACGGCCCUAGUUGAUGAUAUGCUUAUGGUUUUGUCACUCUUUGGGCGUUUUCAAACCUAAAGUUAACUUGCUCUGGUCCGAAUCAGUUUUUUUUUUCACACAGCGAAAAAUCCAAGCGAACCAAAAUGCUACAGGAGCUGUUUACCUCAAACUUGCAGAGUUCGCCUAAUAGUUGUGUCGGAUUGAUGUUGGAUCACAUUUCCACCACAUACAAACCGCUCCAGAGUUCAUUUGGGUCCAGACCGAGACCACCUCCUCUAAAGGGCCUCCUUGCGGUUGUUUUGGUCCGGACUGGAGUGCGAUUACUGUGUUCAGAUCUGCUCAAACAAAUUGCACCACAGAGGAAGACAAACUAGAGUUCGAUACGACUGAACUAAAGAGAACAGGUCUGAAAACGCCCUUAAUGUCUUAAUACCUUCUCUACGUCAACAACAUGCAGUUUACUACUCCUUUAUUUUUUACAUCCAUCAAUAUAUCAACUUCACAUACAUAACUGCAUUACAUCAUUGGGACAUCUGAUUGGUUAUUCACUCAAAGCAUAAAAUACCAGUUGAUUCCAGUGAAAGUUGCUCACCGAAAAUGUUUUUCAGGCUUUUGCAUUUUUACAGACGUCAUCUGGCUCCCCGUACACGUGAAACUGUUUUGAAUGGCUCUUCAAGACUUUUUAUUGGACCUUAAAGAAAGUUUUAUUCAUCAUUUCACAGACGUUUCUUUUGUAAUGAUUGUUUAUAGAAAAAAAAGGUUUCGGGCUGGUGUACAUCAGCGAUGUUCCUGAGCCGUCUU